AUGGCUUCCCAUCAAGGCAAAGUGAUCGCCAUCACAGGCGCUGCAAGUGGCAUGGGACUUGCUGCUGCUCAGCUUCUCGCCUCUCGAGGUGCAUCCAUCUCGAUGGCCGAUUUGAACGAGGAAGCAUUGAAUACAGCUAUCGCCACAUUGCCUGGUAGCCACCAAAAGCACAUCGCAACUCGCGUGGACGUCAGAAAUGAGGCCUCUGUUGACUCUUGGAUUGAGAAGACUGUCCAAAGAUUCGGCAAAGUCGACGGCGCGGUGAACAUGGCUGGAGUUUUAGGGCCUUCGGUGCCAGCGACUGAAUUAACCCGAGAGCAGUUGGAAUUCGUUUUCUCUGUGAAUGUCUUCGGUGUGUUCAACUGUCUGCGUGCUCAAUUAAAGGUCAUGAAGAGCGGUAGUAUUGUGUCGGCGGCUAGCACUUUUGGCCAAAUCACCAUGCCAAAUAGCUCUGCGUACUGCUCCAGCAAGGCUGCCGUGAUUGCAUUCUCGAAGUCGACUGCCAAGGAGAAUAAAGAUGUUCGGAUCAAUUGUGUCGCUCCAGGCACGGUACACACUCCAAUGUCUGCACACAACGACCCAAAACGCGUGGAGUCUGGUAUUUUGGCAAAUGCACAGAAAAGACUUGGUUCUGCGGAAGAGGUUGCUAAAGUCAUUGCUUUCCUACUCAGCGACGAGUCGAGCUUCGUUACUGGAGCCGUCUACAACGUUGAUGGUGGCUGGGUGGAUGUCACAACGCAUCCAGUGGCAUCGCUCAGCAUGAAUCAAAUCCUGAUCUGGGAUACCCCGGCAUCAAACUGCGAUCGAAUUUGGGACUCGCGCAAUGCCUGGAUUUCACCAUGUGCAUUGCCAUACCUGGCGUGCAUCCCGGCAAUUAUUGUCGUACUCAUCGCACUGAGUCAUAUUUUCGGGCAAGUCUCGCGAUGGCGACCAAAAUGGACCAUCCCAUUUGUUUCUGAGCAACAUGACUUUCAAGAGCUCCCGCUUGAUCCCCCAGUGAGAUCUCUGGCCUGGACUAUUCCUCUUCUCAUCUUCUCGGGGGUUGGUCUUAUGGCCGAUGUCGGCCAGUUGAUUUCUCCGGGUGUGCAUUGGUCUGACAUCGCCCUUGUCGGCUCAUGGGUAGGAUACAACCACACGCCUCUUUUGUUGCUUAUUACUGACCACCUCCAGGCGGUAGCCUCGAUUCUGAUAGCAAUUAAACGACCAAGAGCAUGCUCCGUUUCAAUGCUGGUGUACUAUGUUUCCCUACUCGCCGUUGAACUUUCUUUGGCGACCCGUCCAGAUGUGAGCCUGAAAUUCAAGGUUGUUGCUCGCCAUAUUGCCGCGGCAGCAUCGGCAGCAGCAUCAGCAACAAUUCUUUUGAUGCCGUUCCGUGAAACUUCAUUGCCAUCAUUCGAUAUCAGUGCCGUUGGUCAACAGCCCUCCAGCGAUUUCCGCACCCCAGAGGACAACCUCAGGCUUUGGCAAUUCCUAACGGUGUCUUGGAUGGCACCGCUGAUCUCCACGGGGCGCAAGAGACAACUAAACGAGGACGAUGUAUGGUUACUUGGAUUUGACUUCCAACAUAGCCGGCUCCACGAGAAGUUCCGUCGUCUUCGUGGAUCUGUACUCGGUCGACUAUUACGCGCAAAUGGAAUUGAUGUUUUUAUCAUUUCUACCAUUUCAAUAACUCAGUUGAUUUGCGACUUCUCAACACCGGUAUUGCUACAAGAGCUAUUGCAGGCUAUGAAGGACCCAUUGCGACCGAAGCGUGUUGCUCUGACUUAUGCUCUGAUUUCAUUUGCCAUGAGGCUUGUCGCCGCUCAGGCCCAGGUUCUACUUCUCUGGUAUGGUCGAAGAUCGUACGAAAGAUCCAGGGGCGAGAUGAUCAUGAUGGUCUACGAAAAAGCACUGUCAAGAAAGAACGUCCUUGGGCUCGUGAUUAAAGAGAAUCCCGAAGGGUCUAGUGACAACAAUGGUAACUUGAACGACGGUGCAUCACUCCCAGUGGAUGAAACCCCGGCCAAACCCACAGAAAGCUUGUGGCGGCGCAUCAUCACUCGAAAGAGCAAGACCCCGUCCACAAAUGCCAGAGAAGCGGCUUCCCUCGGCAAAAUCUUCAAUCUUCUGCGAGGUGAUGUUUAUGAAGUUGCACAAAGAUUCUGGGAAGUCGACUCGUUGAUCAACCAGCCAUUGGGGCUUGUAAUCGCCACCGUUCUUGUGUGGACACUCUUCGGUCCCUCGUGCUUCUUGGGAAUAUUGGCUGUCCUGGUUGCACAAGCUGUCAAUGUGUUCAUAACCCGAGUUCUUCUUCGAUGGGAACGUGUCCGACGAGCAGCAACAGACACUAGGCUUCAAAUAACCUCUCAGUUCGUUGAAGCAAUCCGUCAUUUACGAUGGUACGGAUGGCAGAACCAUUGGCUUCAGCAAGUAAUGGAUGCCCGACAACAUGAGUUGAAUAUUCGGAUUGUCACCAGUCUGUGGAGCAUCAUGAUUCGCUUUGUCAAUGCGUUUGCAAGUGGUGCUUUUCCAGUCGUUGCGUUGUAUGCCUAUACCUUCUUAGCCGGCCGUAAGCUGCGCAUUGAUAUCAUUUUCCCGGCAUUGCAGCUCUUCUCCAUGCUGGAAAGUCGCUUGCGGGACAUCCCUGGUCUGAUCACCUCACUCAUCAAUGCUUCCAUUGCCCUGGGCCGUAUUGAGGAUUUCAUGUCUGAGCCUGAUAAAGAGAUCACGCCUUCUGCAACCAAGGGACUCAAUGACACGCUUUCUAUCAAGUCCGGCUCAUUUGCAUGGCCCGGAAAAGUCAUCCCCGUCCUCGUUGACAUCAAUGUCAGUAUCCCAAGGGGCUUGACUGUUGUGACGGGUAAAGUCGGGGCUGGAAAGACAGCAUUUCUGCAAGCCCUCCUUGGCGAGCUCGAUCAAGUUGGUGGCUCGGUCAAUAUUCCGAACGAAAUGGUGGGAUAUUGUGCACAAACACCUUGGCUGCAGAGUAUGAGUAUUCGAGAGAACAUCCUAUUCUCUGCGCCAUACCACGACAAGCGUUACAAACAGACAUUGGAAGCAUGUGCUCUCCUUCCAGAUCUCUCCCAAUUCAAGCACGGUGAUCUAUCCUUUGUUGGCGAGAAUGGUAUCGGCCUGUCCGGAGGUCAAAAAGCGCGUGUAGCUCUGGCAAGAGCCGUGUACAGUACAUCCCGAGUCCUCUUCCUGGAUGAUCCUCUGUCGGCGCUUGAUCACAACACUGCCGAAUUUGUGGUCCGCAAAUGCCUUUUGGGACCGUUGAUGAAAGGCCGCACUAUUGUCUUGGUGACACACCGAACGGCACUGGUACGCGAGUUUGCGCACCAAAUUAUCGAAAUCUCCGAAAACCAUGCUGUCGCGUAUGACAGACAAGCAGUCGCCCUCGGUGAGUAUGAAACAUCCUCCCAUGACUCGGAUCAAGACGGCGAAAUCGAAGCCCAAACUACCGUCGAAGAAGAGGCGGCUGCCGUCCCUGCCAAAUUCAUCGAGGACGAACACCGAGCAGAAGGGGGCGUCAAGGCUCGAGUCUAUUGGAACUAUAUCAGGGCUGGAAAGUACCGGUGGUGGCUUGCUCUGGUACUCAUCCUUGCAAUUUACCGACUGAUGGCUGUUGGGCAAUCCUGGUUCCUGAAGGGAUGGGGAGAAGCAUACGAACAAACAACGGCAGUGGAAGCAAAUUUACCGAACUUGGUCACCGAUCACAAGGUAUCCAGCCGGCUGAUAUCUUCAAGCUUAGACGCAUGGUUUACACCCCAAGGCCCAAUGGAUCAAUUGCCGUCUCCGCGAGAGGAUGUUCGGCCUUGGCUUUGGGCUUUCUUUGCAAUCAUUUCGCUGCAAGCUAUUACCCUUUUGGUCGCGCAGCUUCUAAUGUUUGUCAUUGUCUACUGUGCCGGGCAGUCCCUUUUCCGUCAGGUUUUGGUUCGUGUCAGCCAUUCCACAUUCCGCUACUUGGAUACUAUUCCCCUUGGGCGAUUGAUGAAUCGCCUCACAUCUGAUAUUGGGGUGGUGGAUGGCAAUAUCAGUGAGCAGUUUCAGGCUAUCGCGUUCCAAGUCAUCACUUGGGUAUCAUCUAUCCUAGUUAUUGCCACCGCUACCCCGGUGUUCCUUCUAUUCUCUCUUAUCUUGACAGCAGCAUUCGUCAUGGUAUUCCUUCGGUUUCUGCCUACGUCGCAGAGUCUGCGCAGACUUGAAAUGGUAUCUCUCAGCCCUCUCCUAUCAAAUUUCGGGGAACUACUACACGGCCUAACCACAGUGCGCGCGUUCCACGCCGAAACUCGCUUCCAAGACCGAGUAAUCUCAGUCGUGGAUAAGUUCCAGGGCAUGGAUCAUUUCUACUGGUCACUUCAAAGCUGGCUCAUGUACCGUUUCGAGGGCUUAUCAGCUCUGUCUACCUUCUGCCUGACAGCUUUGGCGCUAUACACAAACACCACACCCGGUUUGAUAGCAUUUGUUCUCAUUGCCGCGAACAACUUUGUCGAGUCAACACACGCCCUCUGCAAGCAAUACGGCCAACUCCAAAUGGACUUUGUGUCGGUGGAGAGAGUCGACGAACUACUUCACAUCGAAGAAGAGGCACCUGGAUCAAUCGCUCCCCCGGCCGCAUGGCCAACCUACGGCAGCGAUAUCAUCUUCGACAAUGUGACUCUCCGGUACGCGCCAAACCUUGACCCCUCGCUUAUGAACGUCUCUCUCCGCAUCCCCGGAGGAUCCACGAUAGCAGUCACGGGCCGUACGGGCAGUGGCAAAUCAACACUAGCCAUGUCGCUACUGAGCGUGAUCAAGCCUGAGUCAGGCCGGAUCCUCAUUGAUGGCAUUGACAUCGCCGAGGUGAGCACGCAGGCACUUCGCACGCGUGUCACCUUUGUCGCGCAGGACCCUGUCCUCUUCUCCGGCAGUAUCAGAUUGAAUCUAGAUCCGACGGAAGAAUAUUCAGACGAGCAGUGUACGGAGGUACUAGAGCGACUGUGCAGUCGGCAUCACUGGAAUCUGGAGACGCACAUCGAAGCUGGAGGGAGAAACCUUAGCCAGGGUCAACGGCAGUUGAUUGCACUGACUCGGGCUGUUCUUCGGCGUAGUGCGAUCGUCAUCUUGGAUGAGGCGACUGCCUCCGUUGAUCAAGGAACAUCGCUUGAGAUCCAGCAGAUCAUCCGGGAGGAGUUGCAGCAGUCCACUGUUCUUACGAUCGCGCAUCGCAUAGAGGCUGUCAAGGAUGCGGAUUAUUUCGUGGUUCUAGAUCAGGGAAGGGUUUCACGAGAGGGACAUGUGCGCGAUCUGUAG